AUGUUUGGCAUGGGUGUUGUUGGCGCAAUCUAUGGUUAUCUGGGAAACGACAAUGCCGAUGUUCCUUCAAGUGGUCAGGCGCACAACAUUGCUCGCCAUCUCGAGAGCACCGGUGGUUCAUACCCUAUCUCGACCAAGACGGCUCUAUCUACAAUCUAUGGUGUCAGCUACACCUCGAAUGCUGAUGUGGUCACCGAGGUUGCAACCGUUACUGGAACCCGCUAUGUCACUGUGCCCGGUGAAGCCCUGUCCGUUUCUGUCACCACACGGGAGAGCACUAUCGAUUACUGUGAGGUUCAGAUCGUUACCAUGACCGAGAGCUACACGGUCACUGUACCUAACGACCAGGUCUCCCAGGGCUCCUCGGGUAAUGCUGUUGGAGCCACCGUGACCGGCAACCCAGAGACUGUGACCGAGAAUGAGACUGAUUUCUCUCUCACCAGUGGUCCAUCCGAUGCAAUUGUCACCGGUAACCCAGAGACUGUAACCGAAAAUGAAACAGAUUUCUCUCUCACCAGUGGUCCAUCCGAUGCAAUCGUCACCGGCAACCCACAGACUGUGACUGAGAGCAAAACCGACUUUUCUCUCACUGUUGGUUCAUCCGAUGCUCUCACCAGCUCCAGUGCUGAGACCACCACGGAUACUUUCGAGCUAUCUUCCAUUCUCCCCAAACCGCACACAACUAUUACCAUUCAAAGUCUCUAUCCACCUCGGGAAGGCCUGAGCACUGUCACCCAGUACACUACCGUUGAGAAGAUCAUCACAGCUCCCGACUCAUUCAUCACUGUCACUUUGACUAGCAAAUGCCCCGAAUGUUCACCCACCAUGUCCGCUUCUCCUACCAGUAGCACCACAACGACUGUUUACGAAACUGCUGGUGUGCCCUCAACUUCUACAACAACUAUCAUGGUUCCGCCUCCUGCUUACCCGCCUUACCCAACCGCCAACAAUACCUUACUUCCAGGUCCAUCUGGUAGCGUUACUGUUGUGCCUACUGUGCCUACUCCGACUCCUGUUGUCGUCUCAGGAGGCACCAAGAAGCCCGAGCCUCGUGGGUGGGGAGGUACCAGCGGAACCACCAAUCUUAGCUGCACCGUCAUGCUGGUGGCCAUUAUCAUGUUUGCGCUCUGA